UUGUGGUCCACCUCCACAAACGGGUGGGUUUGUUUGCUUUACAAAUUUCAAGUCAACAUGUUCUGACCCGUGAAACCCGGCCUCUCCCUCGGCUCGUCUCUCCUCUUUAUCGCCUCGAUACAAUCGACAAGCUUCGACCGCGCAACCAGCUCCUCUGCGUAGCUCGUUGUGCUCUCCCCCCGCUUCCUCUGUCCCCUAGCCGAGCAUUUCCCCUCUCUACUCGACACCGUCGAGUCCCUAACAGGUCGCAGCAGCGAUGUACUCGUCCUACUGGAAGCCCAACGAUGGGCGCGAGUCCAACGUGCUGACAGACCACGAAGCUCUACACCGUGAUGAGGCUACGCACAAGGCCAUGCAGUCCGACGAGACGGAGCUGCGUCCUCUGGAUCUGGAGACCAUCAUGAGCUCCAAGGCCGCCGUCAAGUUCUGGUAUCUCCACCGUCCCAAGACCAUGGCGUAUGUGCACAAGAACGCCACCAAGAUCCAGAGUCUGGGCCGCGCAUUCGCCGUGCGUAAGCUGCGCGAGAAGCACGGCGCCGAAUACAUGGCCGAACUGGCCAGGCAGGAUCAGGCUCGUCGUGACGCCGACGCGCUCAAGGACCUCUCGGACGAGGAGCGCGCGGCCAAGAUGCUGGACGACGCCGCGUACGAUGCACGUGUUGAGGAAUCCCGUCGCAAGCGCCGCGAGCAGAUCGAGGCUGAGCGUCGCGCUGAGGAGGAGCUUCGCAUGAAGCUAGCGGCUGAGGCUUCAGAGCGCCGGCGCAUUGAGGAGGAGCGCAAGACAGCGGCACUUGCAGCCAAGGAGGAGGCUGAGCGUCUCGCUGAAGAGGAACGUAUUCGCAAGGAGAAGGAGGCCGAGGAGGAGCGUCGUCGUCAGGCGGAAGAGGCUGCGCGUCUCGAGGAGCUCCGACUCAUUGAGGAGGAGGAGCGUCGUGUGGCUGAAGAGGCCGAGGCCGCGCGUAAGGCGGAAGAGGAGCGUCUUGCCGCGGAGGAGGCCGCUCGACUGGCUGAGCUGGAGGCGAUCCGUGCUGAGGAGGAGCGUCUUGCUGCUGAGGAAGCAGAACGUCUUGAGGCCGAGGAGGCAACGCGUCGUGAGGAAGAAGAGCGUCUCGCUGAGGAGCAGAGACUCCGUGAAGAGGAGGAGGAGCGUCUGCGUCUCGAAGAAGAGGAGCGACUUGCUGAAGAGGAGCGUAUUCGUAAAGAAGAGGAGGAAGUUGCUUUCUUGGCUGCUCAGGCUCGCGAGGAAGAGGAGCGUAUCGCUCGUGAGGAAGAGGAGGCGCGUAUUCGUGAGGAAGAAGAGCGUCGUGCGCGCGAAGAGGCUGAGGAGCGUGAACGCAAGCUGGCGGAGGCAGCGCUCGCUGCUAAGCGCGCGGAGGAGGAGGCCGAGCGCAUUCGUCUGGAGCGAAUCCAGCAGGAGAAGAACGAGAAGUACGAGCAGUCUCUGUCCAAGGACGUGCCCGUGCUCGUUCGUCAACGUGGCCCUGGCCGUGUCGUCAGCUACGACAAGCAGCGUGAGACUUACGCCGUCAAGCUCGAGAACUCCAUGGGCGGCAUGCAGAUCACUGUUCCUAGUGACGACGUCAACCUGGAUGACGACCGUAUCCUGUCCCCACGCACCAAGGUGGACACGCCGUUCGGCACGGGUGAAGUCGUGGGUCUUGACCCGCACGUCGGAUGCUACGCUAUCAACACGGAGGUGAACGCACCAGACGACGACCAGUUCUUGGCGUUCGUUCAGAUCAACGACGUUACUGUACACGUGGAGGAAGAGGAGGAGCGCGCUAUUGUGGAGGACGCUUCGUUGCCAAUUCCCGACGAAAUUGGUCUGGUAUCAGCUCGCAUCGUUGACAGCCGUAUCGUGAACCGUACGGGCAAGAAAUUCAUCCAGUACAAGCUGGAGAUCCGCACUACCAACUACGGCACGGUGUACUGCUGGAAGCGUUACAGCACCUUCCGUUCGCUGUGUGACCGCCUCAUGAAGGAGAACGGUAUGAAGCGCCGUGACAUUCCGGAGCUGCCGCACCGCCACGUUGUGGGCAACUUCUCGCAGAAGACGAUCGGCGAGCGUGCCGAGAAGCUGAACCUGUUCCUGAACGCCGCCGUGAAGGCCGAGCACUUGCAGUGGGGUAUCCGUGUGGACGACCAAAUCGCCGUCUACAAACGCCGUAACAAGCGUGUGACGCAGCCCAGCAGCCAGCCUGGCAGCCGCGGCAGCCGUAACAUCUUCUCGCGACGACGGUAAUUGUAGGUAAAUUUUUCCCCGUCGCAGUACAGCCGCGGGAACUGUUUUUAGUCCAGUCAAGCUUCUUGCAUGCUGAAGUGCAGAAGUGAACCAGCGCGCUUUCAGUAGGAGAAAGCAGCAGAGCAGUCGAGUUGGCUUCACAUGUGACCUACGCUCGAUCGAAGAGCAGAGGUGGAGUCGGCUACUCAUUGGAAAAUUGGAUUUUUAUCUUUUUGACAUGUGACUACAAUUGUCUGUUCAUCAUUGAUGUAGCUUAGCAGCAAUAUUUGGUUUGAUUACUGCGAUAUCACAAC